UUGUUGUGUACACCAAAACCCCUUUCCUUUCCUUUCCUCUUCUUCUUCUUCUUCUUCUUCUUCUUCUUCAGAUUCUCCACAAUCUUUCUUCAUUUCUCUCAAAUCUCCAACAUCCAUGGCUACCACAACUUCCCCACACUCUCUUCUUCUUCAGAACCCCAAUCGCCACCACCUCAAACCCUCCAUUUCCACCUCUCAUUUCAAUGCCCUCCCUCUCCCUUCUCCCUCUCCCAAACGCUUCUCCAUUUCCUGCUCUGCAGCUUCCACCACCUCCCCUCUCGAGCUCCAAAAUCCUCCUCCCUCCCACAGUUCUUCCAACGAUCGUGUCUUCAAUUUCGCCGCCGGCCCCGCCACCUUGCCCGAGUCCGUCCUCAAAAAGGCUGAGUCUGAACUCAUCAACUGGCGCGGAUCUGGUAUGAGCGUUAUGGAAAUGAGCCAUCGAGGCAAGGAUUUCACAUCUAUUAUCCAGAAGGCCGAAUCAGAUCUCAGAAGUCUUCUGGAUAUUCCCUCCGAUUACGCCGUUUUGUUCUUGCAGGGCGGGGCCACCACUCAAUUUGCCGCGAUCCCUUUGAAUCUUUGCAAACCUGAUGACACUGUCGAUUAUGUCGUCACCGGAUCCUGGGGCGACAAGGCCUUCAAAGAGGCUCAGAAAUAUUGUAAGCCUAAGGUAAUUUGGUCUGGCAAAGCUGAAAAAUACACCAAAAUCCCAGCAUUCGAGGAUCUGGAACAAAGCCCUAAUGCCAAAUAUUUGCAUAUUUGUGCGAAUGAGACCAUCCAUGGGGUUGAAUUCAAGAACUAUCCAAAUCCGAAAAAUCUCUUGGUGGCUGAUAUGUCCUCCAAUUUCUGCUCAAAACCUGUUGACAUAUCUAAAUUUGGGAUCAUUUACGCUGGAGCGCAGAAGAACGUUGGGCCAUCUGGGGUCACCAUUGUUAUCAUCAGGAAGGAUCUGAUCGGUGGAGCACAAGACAUAACUCCCGUGAUGUUGGAUUUCAAGAUCCACCAUGAAAACAAUUCGCUCUACAACACUCCACCUUGUUAUGGCAUCUACAUGUGUGGAUUGGUGUUUGAGGAUCUGUUACAACAGGGGGGGCUGAAGGAGGUGGAGAAGAAGAACAAGAAGAAGGCUGAUAUUCUAUACGAGGCGAUCGAUCAAAGCAACGGAUUCUUCCGAUGCCCAGUUGAGCGAUCGGUAAGAUCUUUGAUGAAUGUACCAUUUACUCUGGAGAAGGCAGAGCUGGAAGGUGAGUUUAUUAAGGAAGCAGCUAAAGAGAAAAUGGUUCAACUGAAGGGGCAUAGAUCAGUGGGAGGAAUGAGAGCUUCUAUAUACAAUGCAAUGCCAUUGGCUGGAGUGGAGAAAUUGGUUGCUUUCAUGAAGGAUUUCCAGGCAAGGCAUGCUUGAUUUGAUUAUUAUAAUAUGAUAAUCUAAGUUGCAGUUAUAGUAUUUUCAGCUCUGAAGUGAAAAUCAAGGCAGAGCAUGAUCAUCAUAUUAUGUUGUAUUGUUUUUGGGUUUUGGUUUUUUUGUUGUCAAUCUUUGGUUUAUCCAACGUGGGGGGGUAGGGAGUUUGUGUUUUUCUUUUUCUCUUAGUGGGGGUUUGGAGCAAAAUUUCACAUGAGGAUUUUGAUGUUAUGCAGAAGAAUGAGUAGAGAGUUUAGUUUAGGGUGGUGGAGAUUAUAUAUGUUUGAAACUUUUGAAGCUUUCAGGUCAAUAACCUCAAAAGGCAAGACAUGUUUAGCUAAUGCUAUGUGCAUGUAUUAGCAGUUGUAAUCUUUUUAAUCUCUUUUUCCAUGGGAUCUCAGUUCAAUCUAAGAAUUGGAAUAUUGGUGGAUGUGGCCAUA